UUUUCUUUGCUGUGUAUUUAUGAUUGUUUAAAUGUUUUUGCAGGGUGAUGGUGGUUUAUUUUGUGGGCUCCAUGUUGAUAAUGGUCGUAUUAAGGGGACGAUGAAGAAGACAUUAAGGGAAAUUAUUGAGAAGUACAACUUGAAUGUGCGAAUCACACCAAACCAGAACAUGAUCUUGUGUGAUAUUGGCCAAGAAUGGAGGGACCCGAUUACCACAGCUCUUGCACAGGGUGGUCUGCUGCAUCCUAGGGAUGUAGAUCCCCUCAACGUAACUGCAAUGGCAUGCCCAGCUUUUCCACUUUGCCCUCUGGCAAUAACUGAAGUUGAGCGUGGAAUACCUGACAUCCUAAAGUGGGUUCAUGCUGUAUUUGAGAAGGUUGGUCUUGAAUAUAAUGAAUCUAUAGUGAUAAUGAUAACUGGUUGUCCUAAUGGUUGUGCUACACCCUACAUGGCGGAACUUGGAUUAGUUGGUGAUAGUCCUAAUUGUUAUCAGGGAUUUGAGAAACUCCAGGAAUUGGUUGACAAAUGGGAAGGUCCACUGGAUAAACUUGAAGCUCUUUAA